GAGAAGCAAGGAGACGCCGGACGAGCGUUCCAAGCAAAGUCUAGCCGAGAGUGCGCCGAGUGGUUGGCGGUCUCGCGUCGCCUCGCGUACCGUCGCGUUCCUCUUCAUUCCGAAGUGAGCUGCCGUUGCGGACUAACCGGCAGCCUCUGCGCUCACCUCCGUUGCUUCUGUUGCUGCUACCGUUGCCGGCCGAUACCGUUGCCGCUGCCUAUCGUCGAAUCUUCAGCGGCGGCGCACAUCGGCGAUAACGCAACGUGUACUAUUACCGAUACGUCAUCGCGUGCACGACACCGCGCACCUGCUAAUGAAUUGAAUUACUUUCGUGCCGCGGCUAUCCACCGCACGAGACUCCGCGGCACGCGUACGCUCGAUCGAUCGAUAUCGCGCGACAAGUGACUCAAGCGAUAAGUGUCAGAUACCGAGAACGUUCCUCCACUUUCGUUUCACUUCCUUGCGCUACUGUUUACUCCUCCUGCAUCCUUUGCUUUCUUCCAGCCAAAUCCUUGCUUCGUUUCGGCUCUCUACUACUCUUUCGUGUUCGAGGACUCGCUUCGUUCAUCGAGUGUGUUUGAUGAGUGUCAACAUUUGCAUCGAGGAUCGAGGAACCCUACCUACCAUCGUGUCCUCUGGUAUACCGAAGAUUAAGGAUUUCCAAGAAUCUGUCGGUUUUUUCGGCCGCUGGUGUAGUGUCACGUGACGGAGGGAAUCUGGAGAACCGUGCUCGGCACAAGGUACUCGUGGAAACUGGCUCGAGAUUCGAACUCUGUUAGACGGCGUUCUAGCCGAAAUCACGAUGACGAUGGACGUGAGCAAGUCGGAGCCGAGUAAAAAUGGCGCGACGCAGCACGAGUGCGCUGGAUGUGGGAAAGCGAUCACGGAAAGGUAUCUCCUCAAGGCCAUGGACCUGUUCUGGCACGAGGACUGUCUGAAGUGCGGGUGCUGCGACUGUAGGUUAGGAGAGGUCGGUUCUAGUCUGUUCACCAGGGCCAACCUUAUCCUCUGUAAGAGGGACUACCUCAGGCUGUUCGGGAAUCCGGGACACUGCGCGGCCUGCAACAAACAGAUACCGCCGUUCGAGAUGGUUAUGAAGGCCAGGUCGAACGUCUAUCACUUGGACUGUUUCGCUUGUCAACAGUGUACUCAUCGGUUUUGCGUGGGCGAUCGAUUCUAUCUGUGCGAGAACAAAAUCCUGUGCGAGUUCGACUAUGAGGAGAGGCUCGCGUUCGCCAAUAUGUCAGUACAAACACCCGCCACGCUGGCGUACAUCAAAAGGCAACUGCCUCCAGCGCCGACACCGCCUGGCCAGAACAUGCAUCCUGGUCACAAUCCACUGCAACCUCAUCAGGCACUUGGCCAGUCGGUGGGUCAACAUAAUCACGUGUCGAACGGACAGAUGUCAGGGAGCACGCCGAUGGUGAACGGAACGGCCAUUGGCGUUGGUGGACCCAGAGCUCCGGGAGACAUGAACAACAACGGGCUAUCGGGUCCAGCCCUCGGACCGGUGAAGCCACCGCCGAUGUCUAUGCAGGCUCCGACCAGCUGAAACGAGGUGUCACCCCCCCUGAAGAAGCUCAGAUGUCUCAGCGGUUAUUGAGGCUAUUGACGCUGACCGACGAGAUGAACGGGAGGUACGGAGAGGGAGUACGGGCGAGGAUUAAAACGUCGUGACGAAAGUGAACGCGAGGAACCAGAGUGAUAGACAGACAGGACGCAUAACAUGUGGAUCGGUGAGAGAAAGAAGGCAGGUUGAAACGGGGGGUGGGAAAAGACGAGUCGUUCGCGACGAGAACGGAACGAAGAUGGAAAAGAGAAACGAGAUGGUCUCCGCGACGGGUCUCGAGGAUACCCGCGGAGGAUCGGACGUUUUUGGGGGAAAUAGUCGUUUAGAGGUUGGGAAUAAUCACUGUGAUCGCGAAUUGUAUGAAUAAAUUUAUGGAAAGAGAUACGAUAGGAGCUGAAUAGAACGUGGACAUCUCGCGAAAGCGAAGAGAUACACGUUUAAUACACGUCUUGUAAUAUACGGUACAACAUGUAACAUGAUAAAAAUAGGCGAUUUAUGUAAGAUACGUUUCUAGCGAGGAGAAGAGCGAUUAGAAGCGUGCGAGUAAGAGUGGAAGGACGACCGAGUGAGAGGGUGAGCGAAUGGGGCAGAGUUACUUGUAAAUAUCUGUAUCUGUCGACUCUGCGACACCGAAAGACUAUCAGUAUACGCAGACCAAUCGAACGAAUUUCCAUAGUACUCGCGAUUCGUCGACAUUCGACGUUUGACGGCCGAUCGAGAAGACGAGUGUCGGAUAGGCGAAGGAAGAGAAUCGUCGUAAGUUUGUUCGUAAGUUACUGUUUGCUGUUUUUCAAUUUUAUCGUCGGCUCGAGACGGAGGUCUGUGAUUCGCCUGGACAGAGGCGAACGAACGUUCGAUUAAAUACCAAAGGUAAAAUCGAGAGAUGUUGUUCUGUUCGAGGGGAAUCUCGGCGGCGCGAAUGUGACGAAUCUCGAGACGUUCCCAAAAUGUCGGUAUACGAGGCGCAAGCAAAGGCGUACACGAUGGCUAAUACCAAAGAUUAACGAUGUAAGUUUCGAUGCCCCUCGGGAGAGCAAGUCGACGUCUCGGAUUUCGAAUAUUCCUUUCUCGGUGAUAAUGGCGGUGACGGUUUACUCGAGCAGCCCGUGGUUACUUGCCGAGUUUCGCGGAGAAUGCAUCUUUAACGCGGUCUGCGAUCGGAAACUUGCGAAACGAGGGGCUUAGUCGCGGCUUUACGCUUUAACGCCAAAAGACGAGCGAAAACGGUCCAGACGAAAGGGGAAGGAACAACGAGGGAAAGGAAGGAAAAGAACGGGAAUAAGAUCAAACGGCGGCAUCGAUACCAAAAGACGAUUGAGAAAAUCCGAUAAACGUUGCGUGCGCUGAUAAACGAUCCGUUUUGAAUCACCGACGAAGCAAACCACAUUUAAAGGCGCCAGAAUCGCGAUCGUGGUACUCGUAGAGAAUUUGCCUGAUCGUACGCUUAUACGACGACAAAAUUCAUCACCCUCUCCUCCUUAAUCUCGACGGAGUUGUUGACGUUGUCGUUCGAUCAGACUGUCUUCACGAGCCACGUGGGACGACUCGAAUGUCGCGCUGAUUCUACAGGAUACUGCAUUUCCAAACCACCGAAUCGAUUAAGUACAAAAGAUGUUACGCGAAGAGGAUGUCCUACGAAGCGGGCGUGAGGUAGCAACCUGUGACGAAGAUAAAGAGGGAGAGAAAGAACGAAACCUACACGAGUGAUUCGCGCUCCGAGUACGCGCGAAAGAGCCGAACACACUUUCCUCUCGUUUUUUUUUUUUUUUUUAUCCAUCUGUAUAUAAAUAUCAUUUAUUAGCGCACUACUAAUAUAUUUACCGCCUCUAUAGAGGCUCCUAUUACUACCGAGAAAAUAUAACAUUCUUAUAAAUACAAGCAAAUCGUGAGUUUCAA